AGCAAAACUGUAACCUGAAAGUGUUACAGUUACUCUCGCACUAACAGAGAUCACAUACUUGACGGCAGCAGGAUGAUGACUUCGUCAGCGAGAGUCAUGAGGUGCUGUGUAGCUCUGUUCCUCGUCCUGACUUCUGUGUCAGCUGCACAGAAGAAGCUCGAUUCAAUCAAUGAUUUGAAGAAGAUAAACUUUGACCAAUCUGUGCCCAAACACAGUCUUCUGCUGCUCCACUGGUUUGCCAACAAGAUUAACAUAAACAACAACGAUGUCAUACAGCUGGCCUUUGACCCAAACGAUGGAGAUUAUGGUUCACAUCAUUAUGGAAACUUUGAGGGGAUGUUGGACCCACUGCCUCAGGGAAAUGCAUACCGGUACUAUACUAUUGGAAAUCUCAAUCAAGGAACAUCCAUUCCACUUCCAGCUUAUGUUGUUCGUCCUCCAAGGGAGUAUGUGGGAAGAAACAGGGACAGGAUCAUAAUUCGUGUCAGGGAGCAGAACACAGGAGGGCGAGCUCAUCAGAGGAUAGACCAAGUGUAUAUCACACAGCAUUACGACACUUCUGAAAAUCUGGGGACACCUUAUGAUCCAGAUCAUACCUACAGGAUCACCACUAACCUCUUGAGACAGGUCAGAGAGUUUGCUGUGGAAGAAAACCAACAGCCACUGUUGAAUCUCAGAAACCGCUUUGGAAGCAACGCUGAUGAAUCAGACAUCAGAAACACAUGGGGGCAACUUGCUUGCCUUGGACUGCUGUUGUAUAUUGUGAUCCAGGAAAAGUACUCUUCUAGCCAGCCAAACAACAGACCUGAUAACAGAAGAAGUCAGAGGGAGAGCAAUGUUCCCAGACGUUUUCCAAACCAAGGUGAUGUUGUAGUGGAUUUCACCAACUAUGACAACAACUGUGACCACUACGAUGACCACUACUUUCACCACAGGACAACUGGUAACAGAGAAUCAGGCAGAGGCAACACCUCAGUACCCCAGGACAACAACCAGAUGUCGUGCUGUUGCAUUUGUUGCAUUUCUUUUGCUUCCAUAUGUAUGGUUUCAUUGUUAAUUUUUUUAAUCGUUUGGUUCAUCCCUAAAAUAAUUGCUUAGGAUUGUGCUCAUGUCCAUGAUCGUGCACUUAAUGUCCCGUGACUUAGUUAUAAAAGGAGUUCAAUUGUGACAGUAAAAAAACACCCAUCUCAAACUGUGCUAUGAAAGGCUGAGUGUGACAGCUGUCACUGAUAAUAUAUUUGCUUAUUAAUUAAAGAGGAGUGUAUUUUGUCUAUGGUUUUGUAUUAUUUCUGUCAUGUUGUAAAUUGUGUUUAUUAAACUAUCAUUUAUCAGUCGGA